AUGGGCGACAUGGAGUCUAAAGUGGACAAACUGAAAGAGCUCCUGAAGGACCUAAAGGGAGUCUACGAUGACGAGGUCAGCGAGUACCAAAAAUGCCUGGAUGCAGUCGCAGACGACCUGGACCACGUCCUAGCCCAGGAGGCCAUCCGCCAUCUCCCCGUGGCCCAUCGAGUAAAGAGCUGGAACUCCAUCGAGGGUACUGCGCAACGCCGACAGAAAGAUCGACUGGCUGCCCAAACGAUUCAGGAGAAGAUGAUAGAGCAGAAGGAGAACUGGGAACAGCACUUCGAGAGAUAUAAGAUGAGCAAGACCAAGAUUGGAUAUUUUCAACACCGGGACGAGCUCCAGCGCGAGUUUCACGACAUGCUCGGCGCACGAAUCGUGCUCUAUUUCCCCAGCGACACAAAAAACGUGCUCAAGCUUGUGGAAGCUGCAGGCUACAAAAACGUCAAGGACCCGAAGCGGAUGGGGGGUCUGGCAGAUGUCAGGAGGCUGCGGAAGCUUGAGGCGAAAUGGCUGGAUGCGUCCGCGUCCAAGGCUCCGACCGAUGACCUCGACCUUGAGGGCGUGGAGCAGCAAUUCUCGGGCUACGGCGCUAUACACCUUGCUGUGAAGAUUCCCGAGCGGCUGCGUCCGCGAGAUCUGGGGCCGGAGGCGGCGGCGAUCUGGGAGAGGGCCGUUGUGGAAUUCCAGAUCGGCACCGUCAUCAUGCACGCCUGGGCCGAAGUCGAGCACGACAUCACCUACAAAUCCCACGGCCGCGAGGUGCCGCAGGACGAGAAGGCGGUUCUGGACAUUCUCAACGGCCUCGCCCUUGCCAGCGAGGUCGGUCUGCGCCGCUUUCGAUCGUCGCCGCAGUCGCCAUCACCGCCUGCUGAGUCCUCCGAGGAACUGCAAAGUUGGCUACAUCAAUUCUAUAUCACCAAAGACCGGAGCACACCAGCCGAGUGGGUUGAUCUGGACAAGCUCUGGGACUUUCUGGUUCGGCGCCACCAGAAUCGGCGAGACGCCUUCCAGCACCUUGCCAAGGCCGGCUGGGUGCAUCUCAUGGCACACGAACGCAGAGAAGGCUUCGAGCUCGAUCACGUCCUCCCCUUCAUCAUCAUGCACCAUCAUCUGCCACCCAAGGCGGUCGAAGAAGGCCGUCGUCUCAAAGCAAUGAGAGAGCUCGACCAGGUGCGGGCGGCGUCACGCCCGCCGGAUGUGGAAGCCAGGAACAAAUCCCAGCUGGUCGUGGCCAAUAUUUCAUCACUGAUCCAGAGAGUCAGCGAUAAGGAUCUAGCAAGAAUCGAGAGGCUGGUCAAAAAAUGCAAGUUGAGGCCAGACGAGGAGGGAGGCUCUUCAGGCAAAGGAGAAUAUCUGGGUGUUAUAAGCCUGCGUGAGUGCGAAUCUCGUAUUGCCGCUGAUCCGACGUGGCUGAAAAAGGUACGAGAGCGUUAUGACGAGUGGAUCUUGGAGGAAAUUCCGCCACAUGGUCGCUGGGCGACGUUUUACGGAGAGUCAUCCGAGUUAGGGUUUCCGAUGAGGAAAAUUCAGAGGCCUAGUCGAGAUGAGCUGGCUAUCAAGAGUCGGAGUGAACAGUUCAGCGACUGGAUGGAUUUGCGAUGGGGCCGGUUAGGGUUAUAUUUGGACUAUAUGGCUCCAGGUAUCAGUAUGAUGCUGGUUUUGAAGCAUUACGGAGUGUUUGACUAG